AUUUUAAAUAUUUGCAAUCUGCAGUCUCUCCAUGCAGUUUUAUUUCGUCAGUGGUGCUCUACACAUGUUUUUGAAAACUUAAAAGUAUAAUAAAAUCUAUAAGUUGAAAUAAAUUAUUUUUGUGAUAAACAAGUGAUCAUUAACUUUCGAAAUUAAUUAAAUUCGAAAAUGUGUUCUCUGCUUCGGAAAUGGCGACAAAUACAAUCGCCUUUGGUAACCGUAAUCACCGGUGAAAGUAAUUUUAGUAUAAACAAGAAGAUACACAUUUUUCCCUACACAUCACCUCGAUUUGCAUCAUUUACUCGGGUGGUGCCGCAGCACAACAUCGAAAGUAAAAGGAGCCUUUCAUCAACAUUGGCAGGCGAUUUUGAGUUAAUCUAUAGACGAUUGAUGUCAAAAGAUGAAAUACGAGAAUUUGAGACCGUAAUGCCAGAUGUCGUGAAUGACCUGGUCUCAAUAGCCGAGCGACACAAAAGCAAAGAGGCAGGGGAAUGGUUCGGGAAGUCUCUGCUGUAUAAUUUAUCACUAUCGAAUAACAAAAUCGGUCUUAUCCCCGUGUUGACAUACAAAAGUUUAGCAAAAGGCGAUCAACUCAAUCCCGAACACUUAAAAUUGGCACAUAUACUGGGCUGGUGUUUUGAAAUGAUAAUAUGCUUCAUACUUAUGGUCGAUGACUUGGUGGACAAAAGCACAACACGUCGUGGUCAAUUGUGUUGGCAUACAUUGGAGGAGGUCGGUCUCUUUGCCAUAAAUGAUGCUAUCCUGAUUGAAAAUGGCUUAUAUGAGCUUCUCAACAAACAUUUUCGUAAAUUGGAUUGCUAUGUUGAUCUUAUCGAAUUGUUUCAUCAAAACACUUUUAAAUGUAUAUGUGGGCAAUCAUUCGAUAUGCUUCUGACAAAAAAGAAUGUUACUACCUUCAAUAUGGAAACAUACGAUUCGCUUGUUAUGAAUAAGACUUCCAGUCAUUUCUUCUAUUUACCCGUUUUUGUGGGGUUACAUUUGGCAGGGGUGAAGGAUAGAAAGGUCUUCGAUGAAUCCGAGAGCAUCAUAUUUGACUUGGGUCAUUACUCUCAAGUUCAAAAUGAUUUUCAUGAUUGUUUCGGUAAAUAUGAAUAUACUGGUAAAAUUGGUACAGAUAUUGAAACCAAUAAGUGCUCCUGGUUGGCGGUGAAGUGUAUGGAACUGGCAAACCCAGAACAAAGGUCUAUUAUUGCAGAGUGCUAUGGUCAUAAUGACCCUCAAAAGAUAGCGCGGGUUAAGCAGAUUUACGAAGAAUUGGAUAUGCUCAACAUUUAUGCCAAAUAUGAGGAAGAGACGUGUCGCAGAAUUCUUAUGAAUAUCCAAAAGACAUCAGAUGCAGUGCCCCGAGACAUUUUGAUAGAAAUUCUUUGUCAAAUUUAUGACAAACAAAUUAAAUGAGACAGGAAUUCCAAAAGAACGAUUGGACAAAUAAAUAAACUACUAUUUCUUAUUAAUUUGACAGAUUAACUUCAAUGUUAUAGAGUGAGAGUAAUCUUAAGUUAAGUUUGGUGGUCAUUUCAAAUAUAUCCCUCUGCUCUCUAAUAUUAUAUAGAAUGCGCCUUUGCUUCAAUUAAUUGUUCAUAAUAAGCCGGUGAUUCAAUAAUUUUAUUCUGAACUAGACCGCUACUAUCGUUCAAACAAUGUGCGUAUAUUCCGACUUUUUAGAAACUAAAAAUUAUGAACUGAUGUUAUCAAAUGGUCAUGCUAUUAA